UGGUGGCCACUUCCGCUUCCGUUUUCUGGACCAGGCCUCGGGGUGCCGCCGCUGCCAGUCUCUUUGCUGCCAUGACAGCCACUCUGCGCCCCUAUCUCAAUGCCGUGCGCGCCACCCUGCAGGCUGCCCUGUGCCUGGAGAACUUCUCAUCGCAGGUGGUAGAGCGACACAACAAGCCUGAGGUGGAAGUCAGAAGCAGCAAAGAACUACUGUUGCAGCCCGUGAUCAUUAGCAGGAAUGAGAAAGAGAAAGUCUUAAUUGAAGGUUCUAUCAACUCUGUACGAGUUAGCAUUGCUGUGAAACAGGCUGAUGAGAUUGAGAAAAUUCUAUGUCACAAAUUUAUGCGGUUCAUGAUGAUGAGAGCAGAAAACUUCUUCAUUUUACGUAGGAAACCAGUUGAGGGCUAUGACAUCAGCUUCCUGAUCACAAAUUUCCAUACAGAGCAGAUGUACAAGCACAAGCUGGUGGACUUUGUCAUUCAUUUUAUGGAAGAAAUUGACAAGGAAAUCAGUGAAAUGAAGCUGUCAGUCAAUGCCAGGGCUCGCAUUGUGGCAGAGGAGUUCCUUAAGAAUGCAGGCCUGAAGUGUAAAGGAGAAGGAUAUAAUGACACAGAAGGGAGCAAAAGGUUUGGAAGAGGAGGUAAUAGAUUGAAGCCGGAUGGAGACGAGCCCUCCAGUGUCGAAUGUAUGCGCCUGCUUCCCAAUGGUCACCAGUCAUCUACUGCGUCACAUACUAACAGAAACAGGCCAGAAGGAUAUGUACCCUCAUUGAUAGAUGGGCGCACUCAACGCAGCAUCCAUGUCAACUUUUCUUUCAAUCCAGAUCGCCUCAAGCAAGCCAGACAAUAUGUGGAGAGAGCCAUCAAGCAAAGGAAGAUCUUUAUGGUACACGGUCCUUACCCCAUCAUCCGAAGACGACUGCUUGUCAGAGGUUGGGUGGAGAGGAAGUUCCCAAAGAUGCCUAAAGUUGUUACUAAGCGGGAACGUUUCCCUGAUGGAGAAGCUGAUGAAGAUGGUGAUGACAGUGAUACGCCUGAAGAUGAUGAGGAAGAGGAAGAUGAGCAGGAUGAUACUGAUAGCACCUAUAGCCUCAUGUCCAGGUUGGUUCGUAACCAAAUCCCCUACUUCAUCUGGACUAAUCGGCGAGAUGUUAUUGAUUGUCGCUACCUGCGCAAGGAUCAGAUGAUGAAUCACUAUGCCAGGGCAGGCACCUUCACUACCAAGGUAGGGCUGUGUCUUAACCUGCGUAACCUGCCAUGGUUUGACCAGGCUGAUGCAGAUACAUUUUUUCCACGGUGUUAUCGUCUUGGAGCUAAAGAUGAAAAACAUGCAUUUAUUGAGGAUUUCCAUCUUACUGCAGCUAGGAGCCUUCUCAAAAUAGUGGUGAAGCGAAACCGGGAGAAGCCACUUUUCGUGCCAGCGUUGGAUGAAAAUCAGAAUGGUCAAGGGUCUUCAGAAGCCAGGCAAUGUGUCAACCACAAGAAAGGGGUCAAUUUCUCAUCCCAGCUAAUUGAGACAGCAAUACAUGCUUGUGAGGAGCAUUUGAGCAGCCUGAGACACCAGGACAUUGACAGAGAAUCUGGAUCUGCCUUGCUACUGACAAAAGCACACUGGAAGGAUUUUCUGCGUAGCUACUAUCGGAUAGCCCAUGAAGGAGCACAGUUGGUGCAGACAGAUGCCUUCAUUGAGCAGUGUGAUGAUAUCUUGCAACGGCUGGCAAAGGUCGUCCCACAGUUGGACAUGGAAGGGGACAGGAACAUCUGGAUUGUCAAACCAGGAGCUAAGUCUCGUGGCAGAGGCAUUAUGUGCAUGGACCGCUUAGAUGAUAUUCUGAAACUUGUGGACUGUGACCCCAUGAUUGUCAAGGAUGGCAAAUGGGUGGUACAGAAAUAUAUUGAGACGCCUCUGCUCAUCUUUGGCACCAAGUUCGACCUGCGGCAAUGGUUUCUGGUGACUGAUUGGAAUCCACUCACCAUCUGGUUCUAUCGGCAUAGCUACAUCCGUUUCUCUACACAGCCCUUUUCCUUACACAACCUGGAUACCUCCAUCCACCUGUGCAAUAACUCCAUCCAGAAACAUUAUGAGAACUCCCAGAACCGUCACUCUGAGCUUCCCCCUGACAACAUGUGGUCAUCUGAGCAAUUCCAGGCCCACCUGCGGCACAUGGGGGCACCAGAGGCCUGGUCAAAGGUGAUUGUGCCCGGCAUGAAGGCAGCAAUCAUUCACGCCAUACAGACCUCUCAGGACUUAGUGGAGUUCCGCAAAAACAGCUUUGAGCUUUAUGGCGCAGACUUCCUCUUCGGAGAAAAGUACCAGCCAUGGCUGAUUGAGAUCAAUGCCAGCCCCACAAUGGCAGCCUCUACUUCUGUCACCACCCGGCUGUGUGCCAGCGUACAGGAGGAUACCUUACGUGUGGUCAUUGACCGCAAGUAUGAUCGCAACUGCAACACAGGAAACUUUGAGCUCAUCUAUAAACAGGCUGCUGUGGACAUUCCCCCGUACGUUGGCACUAGCCUGUUGGUAGAAGGCUCCACUGUCAAGAAGCCUCAACCUCCGCCCCAAAGGAGCCCCGUACCUGCUGACACAAGGAAUGGCUGCGGUGGUCCACAGCAGCAAAGAGUCCCUAAAUUGAUUCACCGACGCAGCAACCAAGAUAUUCCUCAUAUGCUUACCCCAUGCUGGGCAGCAGCAAACAACAAGACAACAGAGCCAGGACCUCCUGGGAAGGAGAACAAAGUGAAAGAGAAGCCCACCCCUAGCAAAGCCCCUCCUCCUCCAGGGCCUGCGAGAUCUAAGCUGCCCAACAAGCUCAAAACAGACCCCCGUAACCGAAGAGUGCUGAUGGCACACAGCAUGGCUACCACUACUGUCAUGACAGAAGGUAAAGUGUCCCACCCAACUCAACUCUGUGCCAAAUCAAGCUCUCAAGAAUUGACUGCUAGCCCAGAGGAGUCGACUUUCAGUCAUGCCAAGCCCACCAGCACGGCAGGUAGGAAGGCGUGCCUGAGGCUGCAUCUGCAGGAAAUCCAGCCGGUCUCUGGCCUGGCUGCUCCCCGCAGGCUCCCUUGUCUCUUCCGCAAAGAUGGAAAGGCUGUGGCAAGUUUGCAAAGGCUGCGUUGCUGCUCCGGAGCUGGGCCUUUACUUCCUGCAGCUCCCAAAUUCUUCUACCGCAAAGCAGUCACCACUUGCCAGGCUCAGGAUCAGCAGCAGCUGCCACCUCUUGUACCAGCUUUUGAAAACCAGAUGUCUGUAUUGCCUCGUGUGGGGGGGAAAGAUUCUGAAUCCGCACUGAAUAAUUCUACCCUGGCGGCUGACUCUGUUUCUUCAUUCUGAUAAAAAGGGAGGAGGAGGAGGAGCUCCAUGUGAGUUGCCCUUAGGAAUUCACCUUGCUUUACCAAGCAAUGCUUUUUUUUUUAGUGGUUAACCUUCUUUCUUCGAGUUGGUGCUGGGAGAUGAAAAAAUAAGUGGCAUUCAGAAGGGGGAAAUGUGACUUGUGCUGUAGCUGUCUUCAGGAGCUUUUCCUUCCUGGGAUUGGAUGAUGUUCUGAAGUUCUCAUUCACCUGUCCUAGAAAAGAAGUGUUUUUUGUGACUCCUUCCUCCUUGACAUGUAAGAAGGGAAAUGACUGAAAGCCAUGGGAAAGUAUUAGGGGGAAAAGAUGGCCAAAAGUUGCCAAAAGCAAG